AUCAAUCAUUCAAUGUCGCUGUCAUCAGUUAUUUUAAAAUUUUUGUGCAAGUGGCGUAAAUGGGUCGGAGGGAAUGAGACCAUGAAUGCUACUGCCGCCGCAGGGGCAGGAGUGCUGUUCGUAUUGUUGCUCCUCCUCAUCAGAUGGAAAUGGAAGUCGCCCAAGAGAAGGCCGCAUCCGCAUGACUGCGGGGCAGGACGCCGGGAAGAUUAGACGACCACGGAGAGGAAGCGACAUGUAUCCACGAAAAGAAAGCCGAUUGCAUAAUGUAUACGACGGGAUAACAGCUGCCGCACACGAGGAGGUGGAGUGCCCGCCGUGCACGCCGGUCCAGCUGGUGCACCGGCUGUGUCCUCACAACAACGUCGUGCAGAGCUACGAGGUGGAGCAGAAGGACAGCCUGGACGAACACCUGGACGUGCUCACUAGGAAACUGGCUGAGAAGGAAGGCCGUCUCCGCCUCUCCAAGUCCAAAAUCCGCGAGACCCAGCACGAGAUCGACAACCUCCACGCCAUAGACCACGACGUGCGGACCCAGUACCGGGACAUCAUGGAGUCUCUUCGCAAGGACCUAUUGGGCAACGAGAAGGAGUGCAAGAAACUACAGGAGCAAAUUGAGUGGGUUUCGCGUCGCCGCGCGGAGUUGAGAGACGAGGUUCGUCGGGGUCAGAGACUGUAUGGGGAGGCGGCGGCGGAAUUGGCCAGCAAUCUGGCCGAGCUGCAGCGGGGUCGGUCCACCGAGCAUAAGGUGACCGAGAAGCCUCAAAGGCAACACUCGCUCACGUCCCUAAGGCACCGAAAGGAACCUCAGCUCCCCAGGGCCUCGCCCGUCGGCUCCAUAGUCAUCAAAUCGCCACCUUCCUCUCCGCCCGAAGUGGUCGCGUCCCAAAUGAACCCGCCGAUGCAGAAAUAACCUCCUAUCACGUCAUAGUGCUCUGGUACCUUCGUUGAAAUUGCUGUGUAUUUAUUGACUUAUUUUAAUUUGUUGUUUUUAUCGUUUUGUAUUUUUAUUGUUAUAAUAUUCUUUAUUAUUGUUUGAAAAUAAGAAAUGUGGUUGAUAA